CUAGGGGCUGUUUACUGAUUCACAUUUUCAGCUUCAAAAACAACUCUCCCUUCUCUCUCUAUAAACACACUCUCCUUUUUUAUUCCCUUCCUCUAUAAAUUGGACUCAUGAUGAAACCAUACUUUCCCUGAACCAUCUUCAGGACCAUUUCUGAUUUGUACACAAAGUAUCAACUCUUGUGCUGGCUUGAAUAUCAAUUUUGAAGGAGUUCAAUACUUUGCUUGUAAUUUGUGCUACCAUGUCAUUAUUGCCUAAACUACGAUGUGUCACUAUAGAUGUUACCGGUACUCUAAUGGCUUACAAAGGGGAGCUUGGUGACUAUUAUUGUAUGGCUGCUAAAGCUUCUGGCCGUCCAUGCCCGGAUUACAAGCGUAUGCACGAGGGCUUUAAGUAUGCAUAUAGGGAUAUGGCAAAGAAUUAUCCGUGUUUUGGGUUUGCGGCCAAAAUGCCAAACAUUGUGUGGUGGAAAACCUGCGUGCGAGAUUCCUUUGUCAGGGCUGGGUAUGAAUAUGACGAGGAGACAUUUGAAAAGAUUUUCAAGCGCAUUUAUGCAUCCUUUGGUUCAUCUGCUCCAUAUACUGUCUUUCCAGAUUCCAAGCCAUUUCUUAGAUGGCUUCGUGGAAAGGGUCUCAAAGUUGGUGUUGUUAGCAAUGCUGAGUAUCGAUAUCGAGAUGUGAUUCUUCCAGCUUUAGGUUUAAAUCAGGGAACUGAGUGGGACUUUGGUGUUUUUUCUGGCCUUGAAGGCAUUGAGAAACCAGACCCAAGAAUUUAUGAGAUUGCACUCGAGAGGGCUGGAAAUAUUGCACCUGAAGAAACUUUACAUAUUGGCGAUAGCAUGCGCAAAGACUACGAGCCAGCUAAGAGCUUAGGGAUGCAUGCACUAUUGUUGGAUAGAUUUAAGACACCAGAAGCCGAGGAGUGGAGGAAAUCUGGAGCUGUUGUUCUUCCUGACUUAAUAGCAACACAAGAAUGGCUGUCUAAAGAGAAUUCAACUUGCUGCAAUGAUGACCAUGAGCCACAGAGAAGCUAUUGGAGAUGCAGCAAACAAGAUUUCUUUCCAGAGGAAUCCUUUCAAAGCUGGCACAACUAUGGUUCUGCUCUUUCACAAACAUGGUUAAGGUUCAAGGACCGUGUUUCGACCAGAUCAGACGAUGCAACCGAGUCGCAAGAGCUUCAGAAACAAAGUGAGAAUGAAAUGAAAAAAUGUCUCAACUGGUGGGACCUUAUCUGGUUUGGCUUUGGUGCAGUGAUUGGUGCAGGAAUCUUUGUGCUAACUGGUCAAGAAGCUCAUAACCAUGCUGGUGCGGCGAUAGUCUUAUCCUAUGUAGCUUCAGGAAUUUCAGCAAUGCUUUCUGUUUUCUGUUAUACAGAAUUUGCCGUUGAAGUUCCAGCUGCUGGUGGUUCAUUUGCUUACCUAAGAAUUGAAUUAGGUGAUUUUAUUGCUUUCUUAGCAGCCGGUAACAUACUUCUCGAAUGCGUGCUUGGAGGUGCAGCAGUAUCAAGAUCAUGGACAUCUUACUUCACAAGCCUUUUGAAUCGUCCGAAAGAUUCAUUUCGAAUCAAAGCACAUCAUCUCAAAGAAGGAUACAAUUUACUUGACCCUAUAGCAGUUGCUGUUCUGUUAACCGCCGGAACGAUCGCAAUGAUCAGUACACGAAAAACUUCGCUCCUCAAUUGGAUUGCAUCGGCAAUCAACACGGCUGUGAUCAUAUUCGUAAUCAUUGCAGGGUUUCUUCACGCAGACACAGCGAAUUUGACGCCUUUUUUACCUUAUGGAGCUAGAGGUGUAUUUCAAGCAUCAGCAAUUCUUUAUUUUGCAUAUGGAGGUUUCGAGAGUCUUGCAACAAUGGCUGAAGAAACUAAAAAUCCACCAAAGGAUAUACCAAUAGGUUUAAUAGGUUCAAUGUCGGUGAUCAUCGUGAUUUAUUGUUUGAUGGCACUUUCACUAAGCAUGAUGCAGAAGUACACAGACAUUGAUACAGGUGCAGCUUUUUCAAUUGCAUUUCAGAAAGUAGGAAUGAAUUGGGCAAAAUACGUCGUCGCUUUCGGUGCACUGAAGGGUAUGACAACAGUUCUUUUAGUAGGAAGAUUAGGCCAGGCGCGAUACAUCGUUCACAUUGCGCGUUCGCACAUGAUUCCUCCAUGGUUUGCUCGUGUUCAUCCCAAAACAGGAACACCUAUAAACGCAACACUUCUGAUUACAAUCACAAGCGCUUGCGUAGCCUUUUUCACUAGCUUGGACGUGUUAUCGAGUUUGAUAUCAGUAAGUACACUUUUCGUUUUCGCGCUGAUAUCGAUUGCACUUCUGGUAAGAAGGUACUAUGUUAGAGGAGUUACAACAAAAGAGAAUCAGUUAAAGCUAGUUAUGUUUUUGUUUCUCAUUGUUGGUUCUUCAAUGGGAACUUCAGCUUAUUGGGGAUUGAGGCCUAAUGGUUGGAUUGGAUAUACGGUUACCGUUCCUGUUUGGUUUUUUUCGACUCUUGCGAUGUCGGUUUUUUUGACUCAACAAAGGAAACCAAGAUUUUGGGGAGUCCCACUUGUUCCAUGGUUGCCAUCUUUGUCAAUUGCAACAACUGUUUUUCUCAUGGGAUCUUUGGAAUAUGAUGCUUUUGUGAGAUUUGCAAUAUGCACUUUGGUAAUGUUGGUUUACUAUGUUUUCUUUGGUCUUCAUUCAACUUAUGAUAUGGCUCAUCUACAAAAGAAGACAAACCACUUCCUCAACCAAACCAAACACAAACCUCGUUUGAUUCAUGCCAUGCCAAAAUGCUCAACAUUUCCCAAAACCCUCAAACACACACUUCAACUAACCCAAACCCAAUCCCUUCUCUCUUACUCUUCCUCCAACUUUCCUCACCCUCCUCCAGUUUCACCUCAAAUCUUCAAAUCAACCCCUUCCCACAAAUGGGGUUCUUACAAAUUAGGCGAUUUAUCCUUCUACUCCCUCAUCGAAAAUCUAUCUUCCACCUUCGAUUUUCACUCAUUGGAACAACUCCUCCAUCGAAUGAAGCGCGAAAAUCGAGUCUUUAUCGAGAAGAAUUUCAUCCUCAUGUUCAAAGCCUACGGAAAAGCACAUUUACCCGAAAAAGCUCUGGACUUGUUUCACAGAAUGUCCGCUGAGUUUCACUGUAAGCAAACUGUUAAAUCCUUCAAUUCCGUUCUCAAUGUUGUUAUCCAAGAGGGUCAUUUUAAUCGUGCUUUGGAGUUUUACUCUCAUGUUAUUGAUUCCAAGAGUUUCAAUCAUGUUCAUCCCAAUGGACUUACUUUUAAUUUAGUGAUUAAGGCUUUGUGUAGACUUGGUUUGGUUGAUCAAGCUGUUGAGGUUUUUCGAGGGAUUAGUGUUAGGAAUUGUGUUCCGGAUGGUUAUACGUAUUCCACAUUGAUGCAUGGUUUGUGUAAUGUUGGGAGGAUUGAUGAGGCGGUUGCGUUGUUGGAUGAGAUGCAGAUUGAAGGUACGUUUCCUAACCCGGUUGCGUUUAAUGUUUUGAUUAGUGCGUUGUGUAAGGAAGGUGAUUUGGCGCGUGCGUCUAAGCUGGUUGAUAAUAUGUUUCUUAAGGGGUGUGUUCCGAAUGAGGUGACGUAUAAUUCGCUUGUUCAUGGGUUGUGUUUGAAGGGGAAGUUGGAGAAGGCGGUGAGUUUAUUGAAUCGGAUGGUGUCGAAUAAAUGUGUUCCUAAUGAUGUUACUUUUGGGACACUUGUUGAUGGGUUUGUUAAGCAGGGUAGAGCUUUAGAUGGGGUGCGUGUGUUGGUUUCGUUGGAAGAGAAAGGUCACCGCGGGAACGAGUUUAUUUACUCGUCUCUUAUUAGUGGGUUGUUCAAGGAAGGGAAAUGUGAGCGUGGGAUGCAAUUGUGGAAGGAGAUGGUUGAAAAAGGAUGUGAACCGAAUACGAUAGUGUAUAGUGCUCUUAUUGAUGGUCUUUGUCGAGAAGGGAAGCCAGAUGAAGCGAAAGAGUUCCUAUUAGAGAUGAAGAAUAAAGGCCACAUUCCGAAUUCUUUCACUUAUAGCUCCUUGAUGUGGGGUUAUUUUGAAGCAGGUGAUAGUCAUAAAGCGAUUCUUGUUUGGAAAGAGAUGACGGAUAAUAAUUGUAAUCAUCACGAAGUUUGUUACAGUAUACUUAUCAAUGGAUUGUGCAAGAAUGGGAGGCUUAAGGAGGCCUUAAUGGUGUGGAAGCAAAUGUUGAGUAGAGGAAUCAAAUUAGAUGUUGUGGCUUAUAGUUCUAUGAUUCAUGGCUUUUGUAAUGCUCAGUUAUUAGAACAAGGGGUGAAACUUUUCAAUCAGAUGCUUUGUCACGAGCCAAACUUACAACCAGACGUGGUUACGUACAAUAUACUCCUUAAUGCUUUUUGCACGACGAAUAGUGUCUCCCGUGCUAUUGAUGUUCUAAACACUAUGUUAGAUCAAGGAUGUGAUCCUGAUUUUAUUACUUGUGAGAUUUUCUUAAAAACUUUAAGAGACAAUAUGGACCCGCCUCAAGAUGGGAGAGAGUUUCUAGACGAGCUUGUAGUCCGGUUAAUUAAGCGACAGAGAGUAGUUGGUGCUUCCAAUAUCAUAGAAGUCAUGCUUCAGAAAUUUUUGCUGCCUAAACCUUCUACUUGGGCCAUAGUUGUUCAACAGCUCUGCAAACCUACGAAAGUUCGAAAAACUAUAAGUGAAUGUUGGAGCAGGCUGCAUUGCUGAUGCCUAAAAUAUGUUAUUCAAAUACAACUUUUUGAAGCUAUGGAACUCCAGACACAGGAAUGUAUUGAUCCAGACCCUCAAACUUUCAAAAUUUGUAUGCAAUGAUGAGUUUGAUACCAAACUUUUCUUCUUUGUGCCUGCUUGAAGAUAUUGGUACGUGCACAGAAUUUCUUUUUUGAAAACUUGGUAUCCGGUCUUGAGACCAAAUAUAAUCCAAGGGGAUCAAUUCUACCGUCCACUAGUAAGGGGGCCAUUUAAAGCCAGAGCGAAGCUCUAUAUGGACUGUCCCAAUUAAGAGAUCGUUAGUACCUAGCUGGAUUCAAAUUUGAGAACUUGAGAGGAGCUGACUUUCAGGUCCCAAGCUUUCACCAACAGGCCAACCCUUGGGGGUUAUUGCCAAACAGGCGACAAAUGAGAAUACGGCCACUUAACAGAUGAAACUGUUUAAACCUCUUCCAGUCAUUGCAAAAUCACUAGAAUCAUUUGCUUCUGUCUAAAAUAUUUAAUCUUUGCAACAUACAAUGGUGAGAAUGUUACUGAAAGGAUUAAGUGUUCAAUAUCCUAUCAACUUUGAUCUAUAAGAGUGGAUUUCAUCAGGGCUCAGUCAAAGUAAUUGGCUGUAAUGUACUCUCAGUAAUUGGCCAGUAAAUCAUUUCAUACAAUUUGCAAGUAUUCUGCAGAUUGCAUUUGUGUCAGGCUAAUGAAAGUCAAUGAUGAUGAAUGCAGACUGCUACUGGAUGCCAAUGUACAGAAUUGCAAAGGAAAAGAUUAUCAAAAUUCCCUAGUUGACUCUAGUUAUCAUUCACAUAUGAAUAUGCAUAUGAGGUGGGAAAAUUGUGGGGCUGAUUGAUGAAAAAGAAAGCCGAGUGUCAGCUAUUGUUGUUUAACCGAUUAACUUGUACAGAUGAAGUUUCCUAAACUUCCUCCAUUCCAUUGGUAUAAUCAAAACACAGUCUUUAUGUGAUACUUGAUUUUUAAAAACUUGAUUAUUUGUUAGUAAAUCAUAGCCAUCUGUUUUCUUUGUAUACUAUAACAAUAACGAUGUAUUCUCAAUAAAAUCAUGGUAGGGAUAAGAAUAUGAU